AUGGCGCCAGCAUCCACCAUUGACACUGUCGCGGAGCCCGUCCGGCCCAAAAAGAACAGCCUCGACCUCCCUGAACCCGCCCUCCAGCGGCUGACCAAGGCCGGCAUCGACCUCUCGGGCGGUUACCCCUACCGGCCCGUCGCUCCUCUGUAUCUGCAAGAGGUCUACAAGAUUCGCGGCGAAGAACGCCACUAUCAGGAUGCUGGUGCUAGAGCCGACAAGUCUAAGAAGAACUUGCUCUCGGCCGCGACCAAGGUGACCGAUCUCACCACCCAUAUUGGGACGGAGAUCGAGGGCAUCCAGCUCAAGGACCUCACCCCCGAGCAGCGAGACGAGCUGGCUCUGCUUAUUGCUGAGCGGAGCGUCGUAUUUUUGCGAGACCAGGACCUUACACCCCAGAAACAGAAGGAGCUCGGCGAAUGGUUCGGCGAGGUUGAAGUCCAUCCCCAAGGUCCCCAAGUCCCACAACUCCCCGGCGUAACCGUGAUCUGGCCCGACCUGCAAGCCCAAGACCUAGGCCGAACCUCCACCUUCCGCCGUCCCGGGGGCGCUUCCCAAUGGCACACCGAUCUCGUCCACGAGCGUCAGCCCGCAGGCAUCACCCACCUCCACAACGACACCGUCCCCCCUCUCGGCGGCGAUACCCUCUGGGCAUCGGGCUACGGCGCCUACGAGAAACUCUCGCCCGCGUUCCGGGCGUUUAUUGACGGGAAGAAGGCCGUCUAUCGCUCGGCGCAUGCGUAUUUGGACCGGGAGAACCCUGGGGCUGGGCCCAAGUUUGUCGAGAGGGAGCACCCCCUGGUGAGGGUGCAUCCAGCGACGGGGUGGAAGGCGCUGUGGGUAAACCGGUCGAUGACGGUACGGAUUGUGGGGUUGGACCAGGCCGAGAGUGACUUGGUGUUGGGGUAUUUGUUGGAUGUGUAUGAGAGGAACGUGGAUAUCCAGGUCCGGUUCCGGUGGACACCGGGUACGAGCGCCUUGUGGGAUAACAGAAUCACCAUUCACAAUGCGAGCUGGGACUACGGCGGACGACAUCCACGCCACGGAACUCGAGUCACCUCGCUUGCCGAGGUCCCGUACUUUAAUCCCAAUGCUCCCACACGCAGGCAAGCUCUAGGACUUCUUGACGAGGAAGAGAAGGAGACCCUUGGGGUGAAUGCCGACUCGUAG